UGCAGUCCAUGAAUCUUGACAGCUGCAGACUUAAUUAAAUUAUGAAUGAUCAAAACUGGGUCCCGUACCAUUUCCAAGGAUCCAAUGUGAUGCGAGCGUGUCUAAAAUGUGCCAACCAACCCCGGGUGGGCCCCCGCACGCACCAGCCGGCAAAGGGGCGGGCCGGCACGCUCAGCUGAUGGCUGAGCUGCUCCACGGCACACGAUUUCUCAUUCCUCGCUGGGCGAACGUGGUCACUCCAGACCCUUUUCCUCGCCAAUUACUCCCAAUGUGGAAGGCUUCAUGAACUUGCAGCUGCAACUUAAUGGGGCACGUUGACCUGCUCCCGCCGCGUGUUAUGGUAGCCAGCCCGGGUGCGGGUUUUGUCCCGUGAUGGGGAGAAGAAUCACGUGGAGCCACGGCGCCGUCAUCCUGCUGACCUUCCUCGCGAGCUCGUGUCGGGCCAUCACUCUGGACUCCAUCCUCUGGAGCAGCGGCAACACAAACUUCACUCCAGGUCAAGGUCUGGUCCUCUCCCCUCAGAUUGGGGACAAGAUGGACAUUGUCUGUCCAAGGGCGGAUGCCGCCAAAGGCCAAAAGGAAGAAUUCUACCGAAUCUACUUGGUCUCCCGAAGUCAGAUGGAGAGCUGCGCUAUAGACAAGACCAACGCCCCCCUGCUGAACUGCGACAAGCCACACCGGGAUGUCAAGUUCACGUUCAAGUUCCAGGAGUUCAGCCCCAACUUGUGGGGGCUGGAGUUCCUCAAGGGGAAGGAUUACUACAUCACUUCCACGUCUACAGGCUCUCUGCAAGGUCUGGAUAACACGAACGGAGGAGUGUGCAGGACCAAAUCCAUGAAGAUGGUGCUAAGAGUCGGGCAAAGUUCUUCGGAUCCUCGAUUAACACUUCAGGAAUCGCCGACCAGAUUUUCACCGACAAAACUACAACCGAAAACAAAGGAUGCAGCUGAAGAGCAUGAUAUCAAGAACAAAACUGACGCGGGCUCAGAAGCAGGGCAGCUCAACCCCGGUGGCGGUGGCGGCUCGCCGCCAGGACUGUUGAUCUGGGUUGUCUCGGCCUGUGUGAUCCUCCUCCUCCUCCUCAUCGCCAUCCCGUCGGCCGUGCUGUGCAAGUGCCGUCGCUGCGUCCCAGAUAGGCAGCGGUCUGCGUCUGUGUCGCUCAACACUUUAGCCGUGCCAAAGCGGGACAGCAUCAGCAGCGACAACGUCGGCUCGGAACGCAGCGAGAUCGUCUUUGCUCCGCAGGCGUCCGACGGUAGACUCUGUCGACAUUUUGAGCGUUUGAGCGGCGAAUACGGAGCUCCUGUUUACAUCGUGAAGGAGAUUACGCCGCAGAGUCCCGCCAACAUUUACUACAAAGUCUAAUUUUUGCCAUUUUUUUUCCCCGCUCGCUAAUGACGUUAUUCGCUAUAAGGACGAAUUGGACCAAAACUGGCUUCGUAUCAUGAAUCUUUUUUUUGUUUUUGGAGAGACUAAUCGGUUAUCGAUUACACAGACUUUGUAAAUAAAUGAUUUACCAAUUCGAAUUUCUAAUUGAAACUGUUUUCAAGUCUUCUGGUCUCAUCUUGUAUCUUUCGUAAAUAUGUACAGUGUGUUUUCAACGUAUUUAUUUAUUUUGUAUUACAAAUGCUGUACCCAAUUGCGAGUGCUUCAAGCACCUUCAUAUUUCAUUUCUAGAACUUUAAAAAUGGUACAAAAACUGUAUUAGGUGAAAUAAAAAUGUUAAUUUGUG